AUGACGAAACAGGAAGACCAUGAGACUUAUCUUCGGGUGGCCUUUGAAGAGGGACAGGAGCUUCCCCCUAUUCAAAUCGGCAAGCGAGUGUACCAGUGCUCUGAUAAGCUGGGAAGCGGUGGACAUGGGAUAGUUUUCCGCGCCGACUCUGGCAACAAACAGUUCGCAAUGAAGAUAUGCCUCUGCGAUCCUGACGAGCCAUGGCAAAGGCAGAUAUACAAGGAUGAAGUGGAUAUCCUUAAGAGUCUAGAUCAUCCCAAUGUGGUUCAGUACAUCGAUGACUUGCAAUCCGAGAACAUGACAAUCAUUGUCAUGGAAGAAUGUCAAGGAGGGAGUCUGGAGACCUUGCUUGAGGAUGCUUGGAAGAGUCACCACAGCACAAAGCUGUCGGAGGAGCAGGCCGCUCCACUCAUGGCAGGCGUAGUCCAAGUGCUCCACUACCUUCACACCAUUGGCCUUGUCCGCCAAGACAUUAAACUGGGCAACAUUUUGAUCGACGACAAUGGCAAUGCCAAGGUGGCCGACUUUGGCAAUGCCUACUAUGGGCAGAAUGGACGAAAGUUUAAUGACAAGGUCAAAACGGCGUAUCACGCCCCAGAGAUGGCGAAUACGGACGCGCUUAGCCCGGCCAUUGAUGCCUACGCCUUUGGAGCGACGUUAUACCGGCUCCUCGUUGGGAUUGCCAGGGCCACCUUCCUCAAUCUUUUGAGAACCUCAGGGGAGGAGGAUGAUGAUUAUGGCAACGAUACCGACAAUGUCGAUGACGAUGAUGCCGAGGUUAAGGUUGCCCAGGAUGUCCAAGCCGAGAAUGUCCAAGCCGAAGAUGUCAAGGGCGCCCAAGCCAAUGAGGGUGAUAAGGGCAAGGAAGCACAGGAAACCGCCAAGGAUGACCACGACACCACCAACGCCAAUAUCGCCGAGGAGAAGAUCAAAGACAAGGACAAGAAGUGCCUUUGUAUCGCUCACAUCUCAUCGGAUACCGACAACUACAACGCAUCAGAGUUGGUCAAUCAGGCACCUCUUCCCGACGCCAUCCGGUAA